GACGUCAUUCAGUUUGAUUCCGGCCCUCUUCGACGUAGGACAACCGACCGGAGACACUCCGAGUACGAACGGCGGCGAGCUGAACCCGGCCUGCUUUUAAAGUUCCCGGAGGACGAGGCACAAGGGAACCGAAGCCGCGGCCAAGCUCAGGAAAUUUCUUCGUGUCAUCGUAUUUUUUAACUAACACGCCGGCGGAGCUGUUAUUCUAAUAAGGUGUGCCAAACGGGCGUCGUAAAGCUCGUGAGAGAAUCAUCAGAAAAUGGCGGAGACGGACAAAUUAAACAUCGACUCGAUCAUUCAGCGUCUUUUGGAAGUCAAGGGCUCUCGACCCGGCAAGAACGUGCAGCUGACUGAGAGCGAGAUCCGCGGGCUGUGCCUCAAAUCUCGUGAGAUCUUCUUGAGCCAGCCCAUCCUUUUGGAGCUGGAGGCCCCCCUCAAAAUCUGCGGUGAUGUCCACGGCCAGUACUACGACCUCUUGCGGCUGUUUGAGUACGGCGGCUUCCCUCCGGAGAGCAACUACCUGUUCCUGGGCGACUACGUGGACCGAGGCAAGCAGUCCUUGGAGACAAUCUGCCUGCUGUUGGCCUACAAGAUCAAGUACCCGGAGAACUUCUUCCUGCUGCGGGGCAACCACGAGUGCGCCUCCAUCAACCGAAUUUACGGCUUCUACGACGAGUGCAAGCGAAGGUAUAACAUUAAACUGUGGAAGACCUUCACAGACUGCUUCAACUGUUUACCAGUGGCUGCUAUUGUAGACGAGAAGAUCUUCUGCUGUCAUGGAGGCCUGUCGCCAGACCUCCAGUCUAUGGAGCAGAUCCGCCGAGUCAUGCGGCCCACCGACGUGCCCGACCAGGGUCUGCUGUGCGACCUGCUCUGGGCUGACCCCGACAAAGACGUGCUCGGCUGGGGUGAGAAUGACCGCGGCGUCUCCUUCACGUUCGGCGCCGAUGUGGUGGCCAAGUUUCUACACAAGCACGACAUGGACCUCAUAUGUCGGGCACAUCAGGUGGUGGAAGAUGGGUAUGAGUUCUUUGCCAAGAGGCAGUUGGUCACGCUGUUCUCUGCUCCCAAUUACUGCGGAGAGUUUGACAACGCUGGCGCCAUGAUGAGCGUAGAUGAGACGCUCAUGUGCUCCUUCCAGAUCCUGAAACCGGCGGAUAAGAAGUUGUAUCCGUAUGGCGGCGGUGCUGGGAUGGGAUCGGGAAGGCCCGUGACCCCGCCACGAAAUUCCGCCAAGGCUGCUAAGGCUAAGAAAUAACACCCACUACUGACUCAUUCCCCAUCCCAAGUUCGCCUGAUGCCCUUUGAUGAUCUUUUUUUCUUCCUUCCUACCUCCCAAAUGUCUUUUACUCCUUCAUACUUUUCACUCAUUUAUUCCCCUCCUGGUCUGUGUGCACGUCGUCACACAGGAAGUUUUUCUUCUCAUUCUCCUUUCUGCCUCUUGGCAAAAUAAGCUGUGUCCACCUUUGAGGUGUACUCACUUGCAUUUUCUAUGUCGUCUUCUCAGGAUGGUGGCUUGCGUGUUAGGUUGGGGUGGGAUUGCGGGGGCUUAUUUAGCGCAUGCUGGCUGUGUGGGUGCAUAGGCGCUAGCCAGUCAAAAAAGAAGCGAUUUAAAAUGUGAAAUACUUUUUAAUUUUGUAGAUAUUUGAAAGCGACAUGUCAUUUUUUAAAAGAUGAAUAAAGAAUCCGCAUGGAAUGAGGCACUCCCCACAUCAGCCCCUCAAAGAUGAUGCCAAUGAGCUUGUGAAAGACGCACUUAACUAGUUGCUAAAGGAGGUGCGGUGGAGGGUGGGAUUAUCUUGAACGGUCUCCGCAAUUCCAAACACCGGUCCAGAUCACUCGACUGCAGUCUGUAAAAGAUACAAGAAAGCAGGCAAAAAUCAACCGCGAUAAUGUUCAACUGCCACAUGGCUCAAUGGCGCUCAGGCCACGUUCACACUUGCUGGUUUGGAUAUGGACCAGCAUUAGAAUGACAGCAAAAGGUGCGGAAAAGAUCAGCAUCCAUGUUUGGAUGCAUUUUAAAAUUGCAUUUUAGUAUCGUUUCCUGACUUUUAAACUUGUUUAAAAAUAGCUAGAAUCUAAAAAUAUUUUUUGCAAGGGAACAAGGAGCUUUAACAAAAAAUGAAAUGUUCAUAAACGCAGUCCAAUCAGGUUUAGAAAAAGUAGGUUAGUAUGAAUGCGGCGGCAAUUUUUUGGGGAAAAAACUAUGUAAUGUGGACAUCAAGUGAGAAUGUGUGAGAAUAGUCUGCAUGCAGGGGAACUCUGGCACAGUUCAGUUUCCAUUGCGCAAAACACAGUCCGAUCAUGGCGCAAGUCUGCUAUUGUACAGGGAUGGCAAUUUUCUGCGGAUACGCGGAAAUCCGCUGUUUUAUUUCUUAAAUUGAUAAUUCUUGUGAAUCGUCUAAAUCCGCUGAGAAAAUUUUAGGGGGGGUCGGGUACCUUAUCGUCAAGUUUUCACGAGCUCUCCCGAUCAAUCUUUCCGUCUUCCGAUUAAACAGCCCUGCGAUUGGACGUGUAUGAUGUCUUACUUGUUGUGAUUGGUCGCCCCGUCCCGGCCACGCCCCUUUCCGCUUUUUUUCCAUCACUCGCCAUUGCCAUCCCUGAUUGUAUUAUUAUGGCAAUUUUUUUUUAAACUGCGGCUUUUGUUAGGAUGAUUAAAUGCCUUGUUUGAACAGUAAACCAGCCAGACUAGCGCGCCAAAGUACAGGUAUGAACAUGGUGUCUGUUGGCUUGCAAGUACAAUCUGGCAACGUUCGGUUCACUUGAAUUUGAAUGCGAAUCAUCGUUAGAACGACAAAUCAGCAAUAUUAGACAGCACAAAAAUGCCAAGCGUGAACACUAACCAAACGGGACCUGUGUACGAGUCGACAGGUCUGAAUAUUAGGGCUGCCACAAUGGCACCAGCCAGCAGUUGCUCUUGAAUAUUUCAAGCCAUGUACAAAAAUGUAUCACAAUUAAGGAUGAUACAUUCAAGUUAGAAUAAAUUGAAGGAGAUACUGUCUAGAUAACAUUUGUAUCUGUAAAUGUUGACUGCAUUUUUAAAAUGGAACCAAAAACGAUACACUAUGCAAAGUUGCAGGAAUACUCACAUAGGAGCCUGUGUGCGCUAAUGCUAGCUUCCAGAGACGAUUGUCCCGAUGUCAGAAAUUAAAUUGGACAUCAGCCACAAAGUGCUUCCUUUUUUAGAUGCUCGUUUAUCACCGCAGUGCUGCCACCAAAAGGCAGGUUUGCAUGGUGAUUUAAGAAUCAGAAUCAUCUUUAUUGGCCAAGUAUGUAGACCACACAAGGAAUUUUUCUCCGGUAUAACACGCAGCAUUAGUAUCAUCGUAAACAAGGACAUGACAAAAUGGAAGGACAUUUCGUAAUGUAAGUGAACCGUAGUGCGGUGGUACCACCCAGUGACAACUGUGAGACAAUGUGCAAAGUAUCAAGCAGAGCUAAAGUGAUCAGUGGUACAAUACAAUACUGUGAUAGUUUGUACAGUUGGUGCAGAAAAUCAUUGAACCAUUUUAGAGUGACCAGGAGCAGUAUUUGUUGUACAAGAAGAGUGACUACGUCAGUGACUGUUUAGGGAGUUAAUGGCUAGAGGGAAGAAGCUGUUUAAGUGUCUGCUGGAUUUGGUGCGCAUGGAUGUAUUUUGGGUGAAAUGCGCCCGAACUUUCGGGCAUGGCGCUGGCCGCAUUACCCACAAGGCUUCCGUUUCCAUCACAGAUGACCCGGGUUGCCACUACUGCGCAUGUGCGUCAUAGCCGAGACAAUGCAGGUUCGACAGCAAAAAUUAAUUGUCGACGAUUUUGACUGUCGAGCUGGUCAUGACUAGUCGAUUAAUAUUGGCAGCCCUAAUGAACGCGCUCAAAAGUGAACUCCGGCACAGUUUGGUUCUGUUGAGCUGUAUUGUCAACGGUGUUUGUCACACCAAAACGCCGUCUAAUUAGGUCGCAGCUUGGAGAGAAGCUUUUGGCAUCCAUGAGCAUAAAAGGCUUAAGUCAACCAGAGAGCCGGCACAGUGUGAACACGGACUGACGUUCAGACGACAAAUUACAAAUGUUAAACGGCACGAGUGGCUGAAUAAACAAAAAUGCCAAGUGUAAAACAAGAAAGUCCUCUCCUAAGUGAACUCUGGCACGGUUUGGAUUAUUUGAGUGUGAUGGGAACACAGACCACCCGUAAAACAAGAAAUUGUAAAUGUUUCACAGCACGUUACACAAAAUGUCUGGUUGAGACUUGCCGUUUUUUUUUUUUAUUACAUCAAAAUGCUUUUUUCAGGCCAGAAUACUGAACCACAAGUGUGAACGUAGCCUGAAAUGGGAAAUACUACCGGGUUGAGCGGUUACCAUGACAACUAACCAGAGGAGAGGUGAAAGAUACGGCGGCCGGUAUUUGUUUGCCUCUGCUUUUUUUUUUUGGCGGGGGGUGGGUUGAGGGGAUAAUAAGAGCCAUAGACAUAAUUAACAUUCAUUAUGCGUAACAUACUAAGCGUGCAUGGAGUCGAUAGUAAUAAGAAUAAAUAAUGAUGGUGAUUAUAAGGCAAACAGGGUGUCAAUCCACAUGGAAACAUAUCUCUCUGCAGUCUUUCAGGGUUUCUUCGACUCUUUUCGGCCGCCGUCUCCUCUUCUCCGUUCUCUGUUUCCAUGUUUGUCUGCAUCCUCCAUUUUAGUCUGGUGAUGACGACACGUCAGCGCCCAUCCACUGAGAUGAACUCAGGAAGCGAUCAGGAAAAACAAAAACAAAAACAAAUCAUAAGUACGCAGUUACAUGACACCAAAAUCAUUUUUGAAAAAAAAAGAUUUUUCAAAAAAGUGUCGCUGGGUAGGAUAGAGAAGGAAAGGCAUGCAAUUUCAGUCCAUGAAGUAGUAAAUUAAGUAAUUAAGGAUUUAUCGAGAAAAAAAGGUCCACGCCCUUAUAAACUCAUAAUAGCUGUACAGACUUGUGCUUUUUUUUUUACACCAUUGUCAUUAAUCACUUUUCUUUUGUUCAUACUGUUUUUGCUGAAAAAUAUAGCUAUGAUGUAUGAUUUUGUUUGUUUUUAAAGGAAAGGAUCAGGGAUGUUUUGCACCAUAUCCUUUCACUGGAUGUGUUUGCACAGCAGCAGAUCAGAUCAUUCCCAUGUUUAACAAAAAAGAGAGAAACGUGAAACUAAUAACAAGGAUAUUCUAUUUGUUGUUCACCGGUAGUUCUCAACCCAUUGCCAUUUGUCUCUGUUAAAAGCAUAGAAAUUAAAAAAUACAGAGAACUUG